UUCAUCGCUUGACAGCUGUUUUUAAUAAACUCUCAAAAUUAUGUAAUUUUUUAUUUAUAUUUAAAAAACUGUUAUUACUAACGUUUAAAGAGUAAUUCAAAUUUUUAAAAAUCCAUUGGAGUAAUUUCGUAAAACAUGGGCGGACAUGAACAUCAUCAUGGACCUCCAAAAGAUCCAUACCGAGUACCAAGUGCUGAGGAAUAUGCCAAGAUUGAAUCCCCAGAAUUGAUCAAGCUCCAGGAACGUCUAGCCAAACAUGGCCUGAAAGAUCCCUGGAUGAGGAACUACAACUGGACAUACGAUAAAAGAUAUGGAAGUGGUUGGGGUCGGAUGGGAAAAAUGAUGUUUCGUGGUGUUCCAUUAGGAGUAGGUCUUUUUAUCGCAACUCUUGGUAUUGAAAAAGCUUUAGGUAUUGAUUGGCAUGCACACCAUCAUGCACACGAAGAAGGCCAUUCUGAGGCUCAUCACUGAGUUAUAAAACACUCGUGUUUAAUAAUGUUUAAUAUAAAAGUGAUUCAACUUAAUAUUGUUGAUGGUGGUGUAGUUGAUAGGUAUGUAACUGUUUAAAUAAAUCGAUAAUGAUGGUAAAAAGUUA